GGCAACGUUUCGGCGCGAAGGAAGUGCUGACUCAACGUUCAUUCUGCGGCGCUGGCUAAACAUUGUCCUUACCCUCCUCUCUCAGUCUCGCUUGGUCAUAUAGUUCACGGCGAGAGGAGGGACAUUGGUAAAUUUUCACUAUGGCUGCUAAAGAAAAAGGUAGACCCCCAAAACUAAACCAGUUUAUGCAUCCCCGCAAUCCGUAUCGCACACCACCAAGUUUUAAGAAGCUUGCAAUGCAGUAUCCAGAGUUUAGGGCACAUUGUACGUAUGACCUGUCUGGCAAGGUGCACUUAGACUUUAAGAACUGUGAUGCAUUGCGGGCACUAACAACAUGUCUUCUAGACCAAGACUUUGGUCUCAAGGUGGAUAUACCUGAUGGUCGUUUGGUACCAACACUUCCUUUACGUCUCAACUACCUUCUGUGGCUGGAGGAUCUGAUGACACUCUCAGCAAAAACAGAUCAGAAAUGUACAAGAAUUGGAGUGGAUGUUGGUACUGGAUCAGCUUGCAUUUACCCAUUACUUGCUGCCAAACAGUUUGGUUGGAGCAUGUUAUGCACUGAAGCAGAUGAAGUCAAUUAUGAAAGUGCAGUUAACAAUGUUAAGAAGAAUAGUAUGCAAGAUGAGAUUUUUAUAAAGAAGGUCCAAGAGAAUAUCAUCUUGAAGGAUGUAUUGGAUGACAAAACAAGUUUAGCAGAGAUCACUGCUUUACAAGCAAAAGAAGAAUCAGUAGACAAGCCUCAAGGUUCACAAGAUUCCCCUUGCAAAGCAGAAAUGGAACAUGAGACAAAUGAUAAGAAAGGUAUGGAAAGCAGUAAUUACAUCUUUGACUUCACCAUGUGUAAUCCACCCUUUUUUGGUUCAGAAGAGGAUAGUCACACAAUGAACAAGAGCAAGAAAGACAGAGGAGAACCUGUCAGUGUUCCAACAGGUGCUGUGCAAGAGAUAGUUACCUCUGGAGGAGAAGUAGCAUUUAUUACACAAAUGAUUGAAGAGAGUUCUCACUUGAAAGAUAAAGUAAGGAUAUUUACAACACUAAUUGGAACUAAAGCAGACAUUAAAAAAGUAAAACAAGUUUUAGCCACUGUUAGUCCAGCACAUUCAUCAUUUACAGAGUUCUGUCAAGGAAGAACAAUGAGAUGGGGACUUGCAUGGACUUUCGACCCAAAGUUGCAACUGAAUCAAAUAGUGAGUAAGAAACAAAUGACAAAUACCAAGCCGAUGGUAAUGUUAAUGCCUCGCAGCUUAUUGAACGCAUACUCUGUUCCAGCAGCAUGGCGAAUGGUUGCAAAAUGGUUGCAUUUUUUAAAGGUUAAGGUGCGUGUCUUCAAGAAUACAAAGUAUUUUGUUGGAGCUCAUGUUAGAGCUUAUAAACCAACUUGGUUACAUCAGAGAAGAAAGAAACGAGAGCUUGAUCGCAGAAAUAAAGAGAAGACACACAGGAUUGAAGAGUCAGAAGAUGUAGAAAUCUCAGGUGAGGGAGAGACCUUGUGUAUAGAAGAAAAGAAUGAACAGCAUUGCAAUCUCAUAGAAGAUAAAACGGUGAAUCCGAAUGAAGAAUUUUCAGUUGAAGAAGCAACAGAAAAGCACCAAUCACACAAACGGAGUAAAGAUGAGAGUGAAGAAGGCCAGGAAGAGAGCACUCAUGAAAGGAAGAAACAAAGGGUUUUCUCGGAACCAUUAAAUCAAUCAACAAAUGGAUCAGAAGAGAAACCCACACCAUAUCAAAUGAUAUCACCAAAUGACUCGGGCAUUGGUAACAGCCCAGAUAAAGAAAUUUGCUCUAAUUCAGAGUUCCUGAAGCAGAUCAGUGAAAAACUACACAAGCAGAAAGAACCACAUGUGCAUCAGGCAGGUGGGCUGGAGUGCAUUCUUAGGUUUAACGUCCAUUUGAAGCAAACUGGAGGCCUUAUUAGUCUGGAAUUGACAUAUCUGGGUGGCUCAGCUGGUAAAAAUGGUCUUGCGCAGAUACUUUUGUUUAUGAGAAACCAGCUGACAAAUCCAACUAUUUGAAAUACUAAAAUGUGAAAGUAGUAUUCCAAAGACUGUUAUUUUGUUAAGGUUCUAGUUGAUUAGUAAAUUGGCGCCAUGUUGACAUAGUAAAUAAAAUUGAUUUUUUCACUUUA